AUGGCGUUGCCCCUUCUUGGCCUUUCUCUCCUGACAUCAGCGGGUCCAUUGCAGCAGCGUGAAGCAGUGCCAACAGCGGGAAAAGCCUAUGGUGGCGACAUGUUUAAUGAUGUGUUUGGCGAAGUCGAAAUUAUGAUGCAAGAGAUUUCAAAUGGCGACAUGUCUGCUAUGGAUGAUAAAAAGACGCAAAAACCCGAGAAAUGUGGAAAGGGGAGUACAGACAAGUGUUGCGUUUGGUAUGAUGUUUCGGCUGAGCUGACAAAACUUUUUGUCGGGCAAGACAGGCAGUGUAAUGACAACGCGCGAGGAGCAGUUCGUAUGGGUUUCCACGACGCUGGAUCCUGGGAGCAGGGCUCUGGCGAUGGUGGCGCUGACGGAUCGCUGAUUAUGGACUUUGGCGAGCAAGAUCGACGCGAAAACAAUGGUCUUCAAAAUAUACGCAACGUGCUACGCGACGUGCAGAAAAAGUACAAGGUGGGAUAUGCCGAUCUUGUACAAUAUGCUCACAAUCACGCCACCGUCUCGUGCCCGAAAGGACCGCGCGUGCGAACAUUCAUCGGACGUAAGGAUGCUACCAAGGCUAAUCAGGGUAGCCUCCUCCCUGAUACGCGCGACGACCCUAACAACCUGAUUGCACUCUUCAAAAGAAAGGGCAUUUCCGAGCGCGAACUUGCAGCUCUCUUGGGUGCUCAUACCACAGCCCGCCAACGUUUUGUCGACACCUCUUCAGCGGCUGUCAACAAGCCUCUCGACGGUACUAAUGGCGUCUGGGAUGUCGAGUUCUACAACGACACACUCAACAACCCCGUCGGCGCGACUGCUAACCAAAAGGUCUUUGUCCUCCCCAGUGACAAGGCGCUCUCGCAGCACCCCAAAGUGAAGGGCGACUGGAGCCGCUUUGUUGGUAACCAAGGUGGUUGGAAUAACGAAUACGCCAGGGCUUACAUCAAGGUCAGCAUGUUUGGAGUCAAGAGGGAACAGCUGCGCAAGAUGGUUGACUGCACCCAGACGCUGCCUGCUAGCCGAAACACUUUUCCAUAG